AAGCCCUGCUGCGACCCGUGCCAGACCUGCUGUGACCCAUGCCAGAAGCCCUGCUGUGACCCGUGCCAGAGCUGCUGUGACCCAUGCCAGAAGCCCUGCUGUGACCCGUGCCAGUCCGUGUGCUGCGACCCGUGCCAGUCCGUGUGCUGCAACCCGUGCCAGUCCGUGUGCUGCGAGCCGUGCCAGCAGCCCGUCUGCUGCACCAAGGUGUGCCAGAAGUCGGUCUGCUGCGUGCCACGGCCCUGCUGCUGCUCCUCCUGCUGCUCCUACGUGGUGAAGAAGAAGCCCGUGGUGGUGUGCUGCAGCCCCGUGCAGUGCUGCACCUCCGUCAGGAAGUGCUGCGUGCCCUGCAUCCCCAUCCAGCAGUGCUGCAUCAAGAAGAGCUGCUGAGCCGCCCCUGGGGGUGGCAAAGGCACCUCUGCCA